AUGUCGAAGCCUACCGUCCUUCACAUUGGCGAGCCUAUCAAGUAUAACCAUAAAAUCUACGAGACCGAGUUCUUACAGCGAUUUAACGUGGUGCGCAACGAGGAUCUAGAUCGGGCCUCCUUCAUUGAGGCGCUGAAAACCAAGAAAUAUGGCGAUUUUGUAGCCAUCUUCCGUCCGCACUUUCAGACGGGCGGAGAAAUGGGCCAGUGGGAUUCGGACUUGAUCCCGCUUCUUCCAUCCUCAUGUCGUAUCUUCGCUUCGGCAGGCGCAGGCUUCAACUGGGCAGAUGUGGAUUUGCUUGCAGAGCACGGCAUCUGGUAUGCCAACGGUGCGGGCGCGUCUGACGAAGCCGUGUCCGAUACUGGGCUCUAUAUGAUCUUGUCGGUAUUCAGAAACUUCACACGCGCACAAUUGGCCGCAAGAGCUUGCGACAUCGAAGAGUUCGAGAAAACACACAAGCUGAUUGCGACCAUUAGUGCGAACCCUAGAGACCAUAUCUUGGGUAUCGUGGGGUUGGGUAAUAUCAGCAAGAAGCUUGCGUACAAAGCAAGGACAGCUCUAGGGAUGGAGAUUCACUACUUCGAUGUUGUGCGGGCGACUUCAGAUGUCGAAACUGAGUUAGGCGCAACCUACCACGAGAGCCUAGGUGAUCUGCUCACUAUCGCCGAUUGCGUCUCGUUACAUACACCUCUAAACAAGCAUACCCAAGACCUGAUAGGUGAAAAGCAGCUAGCCAUGAUGAAGAAAGGCUCUCGCAUCAUCAACACUGCCCGAGGACAAGUCCUAAACGAAGAUGCCCUCGUAUCAGCAUUGCAGAGCGGCCACAUAAGUGCCGCAGGGCUCGACGUCCACUAUCAUGAGCCGCAAGUCUCCGAAAAGCUCGCGGCCAUGCCUCAAGUCACUCUUACAACCCACAUUGCCGGAGGAGCGCUUAAUACACGCAUCAACUUCGAAUUGGGCGCGAUGAAGAACAUUCUCAGAGUAGUUGGCUCCGAUGGACAGUUCACGGGCGUUGAGCCUUCGACACCCGUGAAUAAGCCUGCUGUUCUUGCGUCGCAGAAAGAAUGA